AUGUGUUUGUUCUUCUUACAGACGAAAACCAAAAAGGUUUUCGACGAGGCCGACACCUUCAUUAACAACUCCAAGCAGCUUCAGGAGAAACGGGAACGAGUUAUAGAUCGGCUGCGUUCCUAUAACGCCACUCUUCGGGCUAAGUUGAAUCUCCUGAAAGCGGAGUUGGACGUGAAGGAGCUGGUCUUACCAAUCAAGGAAGAAUCUCCUUCUCAAAACCUCAUGGAAAUCGAAGAGUCAACAUCUUCGGCGAUCGGCCCGGAGUCGGAGGAUUUUUUCUCGAUUAGCGAUGUGGAAGUGCUGACGCCGGAGCCCGCGGAGCGAACGAGUGGUGAUUCGGGCAUCUCUUUGGGCAUGAACACGAAAACCAAAAAGGUUUUCGACGAGGCCGCGUCACCUUCAUUAACAACUCCAAUGAAUCUCCUGAAAGCGGAGUUGAAAGUGAAGGAGGUGGAGGAUUCUAGUGAUCUCCUGAAAGCGGAGUUGAACGUGAAUGAGCUGGUCUUACCAAUCGAGGAAGAAUCUCUUUCUCAAAACACGAAAACCAAAAAGGUUUUCGACGAGGCCGUCACCUUCAUUAACAACUCCAAGCAGCUUCAGGAGAAACCGGAACGAAUGAAAACCAAAAAGGUUUUCGACGAGACUGUCACCUUCAUUGACAACUCCAAGCAGCUUCAGGAGAAACGGGAACGAGUGGAGGCGCUGGCGCCGGAGCCUGCGGAGCGACCGAGUGGUGAUUCGAGCAUCUCUUUGGGCAUUAACACGAAAACCAAAAAGGUUUUCGACGAGGCCGUCACCUUCAUUAACAACUCCAAGCAGCUUCAGGAGAAACCGGAACGAACGAAAACCAAAAAGGUUUUCGACGAGGCUGUCACCUUCAUUGACAACUCUAAGCAGCUUCAUGAGAAACGGGACUCAGAAAUAGAUCUGCUGCGUUCCUAUAACGCCACUCUUCGAGCUAAGUUGAAUCUCCUGAAAGCGGAGUUGAACGUGAAGGAGCUGGUCAUGCCAAUCGAGGAAGAAUCUCUUUCUCAAAACACGAAAACAAAAAAGGUUUUCGACGAGGCCGUCACCUUCAUUGACAACUCCAAGCAGCUUCAGGAGAAACGGGAACGAGUAAUAGAUCUGCUGCGUUCCCGUUACGCCAGUUAUCGGGCUAAGUUGAAGUUCCUGAAAGCGGAGUUGAACGUGAAGGAGCUGGUAUUACCAAUCGAGGACGAUUCUCUUUCUCAUGACGUCAUAGAAGUAACGGUCUCAGCGGAGGCGCCUGCAGAAGGAGCUGCUGCGCCAGAGGACGUGAAAGCGCUGGCGCCGGAGCCCGCGGAGCGACCGAGUGGUGAUUCGAGCAUCUCUUUGGACAUAAACGUGGAGGCGCUGGCGCCGGAGCCUGCGGAGCGACCGAGUGGUGAUUCGAGCAUCUCUUUGGGCAUUAACACGAAAACCAAAAAGGUUUUCGACGAGCAGCUUCAUGAGAAACGGGAGUUAGAAAUAGAUCUGCUGCGUUCCUAUAACGCCACUCUUCGGGCUAAGUUGAAUCUCCUGAAAGCGGAGUUGAACGAUAAGGAGCUGGUCUUGCCAAUCGAGGAAGAAUCUCUUUCUCAAAACACGAAAACAAAAAAGGUUUUCGACGAGGCCGUCACCUUCAUUGACAACUCCAAGCAGCUUCAGGAGAAACGGGAACGAACGAAAACCAAAAAGGUUUUCGACGAGGCCGACACCUUCAUUGACAACUCCAAGCAGCUUCAGGAGAAACGGGAGUCAGAAAUAGAUCUGCUGCGUUCCUAUAACGCCACCCUUCGGAUUCUAGUGAAUCUCCUGAAAGCGGUGUUGAACGUGAAGGAGCUGGUCUUGCCAAUCGAGGAAGAAUCUCUUUCUCAAAACGUCCUAGAAGUAACGGUCUCAGCGGAGGCGCCUGCAGAAGGAGCUCCUGCGCCAGACGACGUGGAAGCGCUGGCGCCGGAGCCCGCGGAGCGACCGAGUGGUGAUUCGAGCAUCUCUUUGGGUAUUAACACGAAAACCAAAAAGGUUUUCGACGAGGGCGUCACCUUCAUUAACAACUCCAAGCAGCUUCAGGAGAAACGGGAAUGA